CCCAAGCUAACUGCCCAUUGGCCUAUAGGCAUUUGGGAGAGAUUUUAGCAAUUGAAGAGGGAGGGAGAGAGCAAAAGUCACUGGCAGUGUUGAGGUCUUUGAAUCAACAGGUGGCAGAGGGAGAAACUUGCUGACGAAGAAAGAGAGUAGAGGAGAAGAAAGUUAAAGAAAACCCUCAAGGCCAUGACCACGAGACUCCUGUGGAGGGCCCUGUGCCUACUUGUUCUACUCUGCAUUGUGUCAAACUUCAGCUUUGCCACCACUCACCAAGACCCCUCAGCCCCAGAGCAGGGAGUCACCUUCAGCCACGUCUAUAAAAUCGACAUCCCGGGGAGCUCCAGUUGUAAACUUGAGCGCCUGUCAGACCAGGAUGAAACAGGUCUGCAGACAGAGACUACUACAAAUGGAGAGAAUGACAUCAUCUUCAGACACAACAUCAAGCUGCAGACACCAAAGUGCGACUGUGAGGAUUCGGAGAGCUUCAAGUCACUCUUGUACAGGGUCAACGGGCUGGAGGAGGAGGUCAACUACCUAAAGACCCAGUGUACUCAGGGAUGCUGUGGAGGCCAUGGGGCUGCAGGUGUGGACACAAGCUGUAGUGGCCAUGGUACCUACCAGCAGGACACCUGCAGCUGCCUGUGUAACCCAGGUUGGGAAGGCCCAGACUGCUCAGUGUCCUCCUGCCCAGAUGAGUGCAAUGACAACGGCCGGUGCGUGGAUGGAAAGUGUGUGUGCCACCAGGGCUACACAGGGGAGGACUGCAGCCAGCUCCUGUGUCCAGACAACUGCAACGACAAGGGACAAUGCGUGGAUGGAAAGUGCGUGUGUUUCCCGCACUUCACCGGUGAGGACUGCAGCAUCCAGAAGUGUCCCAAUGACUGCGUGGGUAACGGCCAGUGUGUGGAUGGCCAGUGCAUCUGUGAAGAAGGCUUUUAUGGCGAAGACUGUUCAUUAGUCUUCGGCCCUCAGGGUCUGCGGUUGGUCCAGCUGACCGACGUCUCCCUCCUGGUUGAGUGGGAUUCAGUUCGUGCAGCAGAGUAUUACAUUUUGACAUAUAAUCCCAAAGAUGAUGAGAGACUCCUGGAGCAAAUCCGGGUUCCCAACACAGAGAACUCCUACCUCAUCACAGGACUGGAACCUGGGAUCACCUACAUUGUCAAGGUGUAUGCUGUCGUUAAAGAAAUCCAAAGCGAAGCAGAAAAGAUUGAAGCAACCACAGAUGUCUCUGCCAUCGAUGGCAUCAGAGUUAUUGGCCAGACAGAAGUCUCUAUUCAGGUGGACUGGAAGAACCCAUCAGCUGAGGUGGAUCACUUCAGGCUCACACACACUGACCCGGCUGGACAGGAGGAGGAGCUGAAUGUACAGAGGAGCCAAGAGGCACGCACUAAGCACACUAUUGCCGGUCUAUUUCCAGGAACAGAAUACCAGAUCUCUGUGCAGGCCAUCAAAGGAACCACUGAAGGAAAGCCUUCCUCUGUCACUGGUGCAACAGACAUUGACGCUCCGACCAACCUGAUCACGACUGAAGUAACAGAGGACACUGCAACAGUUUCGUGGGAUCGUGUCCAGGCAGAUAUAGAGGGCUACAUGUUGAGCUACACCUCUGCUGAGGGCUCCAGCUCUGAGAUCCCCGUAGGACGUGACAGAACCUCGUACAGGCUGGUUGGCUUGAGGCCUGGAGUUCUCCACACUGUUUACAUCUGGGCCUAUAAGGGAGACAAAGUCAGCAGUAAGGGCUCAACAGAGGCUGAAACAGAGCUGGACGCUCCUACUAACGUCUUGGCCCAAGAUGAAACAGAGUCCAGCUUCAGGGUGUCCUGGGAUCACACCCAGGCAGAAAUUGAUGGCUACGUCCUAACCUACAGCUCCUCUGAGGGCUCAAGUGAGGAAAUCCCAGUUGGAUUUGACAGCACUUCAUAUGUGCUGACUGGCCUGAGGCCUGGUGUCCUCUACACUGUCUACAUCUGGGCCGUCAAGGGAGGCAAAGCCAGCAGGAAGAUCUCAACUCAAGCUGUGACAGAACUGGAUGCUCCUGCUAACCUCUUAGCCCGAGAUGAAACAGAGUCCAGCUUCAGCGUGUCUUGGGAUCCAGCCCAGGCUGACAUAGAUGGCUACGUCCUAACCUACAGCUCCUCUGAGGGCUCUAGUGGGGAGAUCCCAUUGGGGCCUGACAGCACCUCUUACACGCUGACUAGUUUGAGGCCUGGGGUUCUCUACACUGUCUACAUCUGGGCCGUCAAAGGAAACAAAGCCAGCAAGAAGAUCUCGACACAAGCCGAGACAGAACUGGAUGACCCUGCUAACCUCUUAGCCCGAGAUGAAGCAGAGUCCAGCUUCAGCGUGUCAUGGGAUCCAGUCCAGGCAGAAAUUGAUGGCUACCUCCUAACCUACAGCUCCUCUGAGGGCUCAAGUGGGGAAAUCCCAGUCGGGUCUGACAGCACCUCUUACAGGCUGACUGGCUUGAGGCCUGGUGUCCUCUACACUGUCUACAUCUGGGCCAUCAAGGGAAGCAAAGCCACCAGGAAGAUUUCAACAAAAGCUGAGACAGACAUCGAUUCCCCUAAGGACCUGAAGGCGACAGAUGUGAAGCUGGAGUCUGCUCUUUUGUCCUGGGUUCCCCCUCUCGCUGACAUUGAUGGUUACAUCCUCACAUAUAGAGAUGAGGAUGGCAACAUGGAGGUGGUUGAAAAGCAGCUCAGGGCCGGCGAGAGCAGUUUUGCUGUACCCGGUUUGGAGAUGGCGAAAAGAUACAUCGUCACCAUCAUCGCCUACAGGGGGAACAAGAGGAGCAAGGUGGUAGAAACCAUCUUCAAAACAGUUGGCCUCCUGUACCCCUUCCCCAUGGACUGCGUUCAGAUCAUGAAGAAUGGCAAUAAGAAGAGCGGUAUCUACACCGUCUAUAUUAACAACGACCGCUCCAAACCCAUUGAGGCGUACUGCGACAUGGAGACUGAUGGAGGCGGCUGGCUGGUGCUCCAGCGACGUACCAGUGGCAAGCUGGACUUUAUGAAACGCUGGAGACAGUACAUUGCCGGCUUUGGCAACAUGACAGACGAGUUCUGGAUUGGUCUGGAUAAGAUAUAUGAGCUCACCAACACUCCUACACAAUAUGAGCUGAGAUUUGACCUGGGCCUGGGCGCCGAGAGAGCCUAUGCUGUAUAUGACAACUUUAAGAUUGCACCGGUCAAGCAGAAAUUUAAACUCACUAUUGGCAACUACAGGGGGACAGCAGGUGAUGCGAUGACCUACCACCAAGGCCGGCCCUGGACUACUGUUGACUCAGAUAAUGACAUCGCCCUGGGUAACUGUGCCCUGACCCACCGUGGCGCCUGGUGGUACAAGAACUGUCACCUGGCCAACCCCAACGGGAAAUGGGGAGACGUCAGACACAGUGUGGGAGUGAACUGGGAGCCGUGGAAGGGCCACCUGGUGUCCCUCGACUUCACCGAGAUGAAGAUCCGACCUGUUGGAGCCAUGUCCAGCAGGAAGAGGCGAUCGUUGAUGGCCAGAGAGAAGAGCAGAACCACAAACCUCCAAAAGAAAUAACAGAGCACCUCACACUAAAACCACAAUUGUCAUCAGUGCCAUUAACCUGCCAUCAUGCUAGAUUUGGGUGUUUCUGUACAUAUGUACAUACAUAUGUCCCCACUGGUCUACAUGCUUCGAUGUGUCUCAACUCUUGGACAACACUUCUUUGGGUAAAGAGAAAAAUGUUCAUAUGCAAUAGUAACUUAUUAUCUGUUUAUAUACAAUGAGAUUCAUCAGAAAUUCCUAGGUUUAGUGUGAUGGCGGGAAAGCGGCGAAUAGAAAACUGCCUUGGAGUUGUUUUUAAGUGAACAUUAAUGAGUUUAGUCUUAUCAGUUAUGAUGCAAUUGUUAUUUUUUUAAACUCCUGUUUCACUGCCUCAAUUAUAAAUCAGGAAACAGUGCAUUUAUGUUAAAUUUGGAACCAAAAAAAUCAAAUUUUUUUCCCAAUUACUGCAUUCAUUUUAACUUUCUUUUAAACCUCGGGGCAGCAGCCCGGAUUACUUGUAUUAUAUUUGUUUAUUUUAUGUCCUAUGAAGAAUUUGAGUAGCGACUUUUCUUGUGUAUAGCAGUAUUUUCAUAACAACAUAAAUGUAAGAAAA